AUGGGAACUUGGAACAACGAUUACAGACUUGAUCUAGUAAAAAAUGUGCUAUUUGGGAAUGAUUUUACAGAUUUUGGAAAUAGAACAUUGACUAUCGCUACAAAACCUAUAAAACCAUUUGUGAUUUUCACUGACAACAACGGUACAAUUGAGUAUUCUGGUUUUUGUUUUGAUAUUCUCAAUGAACUGGCAAGACAUUUUAAAUUCAAUUACAAAAUUGUAGGGCCCCCGGAUGGUAUGUACGGUGGGCUAAACAGUGAUGGUACUUGGAACGGAAUGGUCGGCAUGGUCAUGCGUGGGGAAGUUGAUUUUGCAAUUGGACCAUUUACCAUUACAUCGAUCAGAGAAACUGUCAUUGAUUUUACAGUACCCUUCAUAGAAGAUGGUGUUGGUAUCUUAACGAAACGACCUGAUGGAGAACCAAACAAAAUAUUCAAAAUGUUUAAACCCUUCUCACUGAUUGUGUGGUGCUGUAUUGGUGUGGCUAUUGUCGUUGUGGGAAUACUUUUGUGUGUUGUUGGUUAUAUCAAUCCAUAUGUAGAGAAAACAUGCAGGGAUGAACCACAUUUAGUAAUGGAGCAAAAAAGUCUAAAACAGACAACUUGGCUAAUUUAUGGUUCAUUCUUUGAGCAAGGAGUAGAUCCAAGACCGACAACUUUUUCUGGAAGAUCAAUGCUCGGAUUUUGGUGGGUUUUUACCAUCUUGAUGACGUCAACAUACACAGCAAAUCUAGCCGCUAACUUGACAGUCAGUAUUGCAGAACAGCCAAUCAAUAGCCUAGAGGAACUGGUUGGACAGAAGGAAAUUGGACCAUUGGUGAAAUCUGGUACCAAUCUACACACUUUGUUUAUGACGUCUGAUUCUGGAAUCUACAAGCAAGUAUGGGAAAUGAUGGGGAGCAUGCCAAAAGUUACAAGCAACGAUGAAGCGCUGUCUUAUGUUGAUCAAGGGAAACACGCCUUUAUGACAGAUGUGACACAGUUAGACUACAUAGUCAGACAGGAAUGUGAGAAGUAUUCUUUAGCAGAUGAGAUUUUCAAUAACGCUGGUCUAGGAUUUGUUCUUCCUGAAAACGCUCUCUUCAAAGAUUCUUUUAACCUGAAUAUGAUGAAGAUGCAAGAAGCUGGUAUGACAGAGCGAUGGAAAGAGGAAUGGUGGCCAAGUCUAGAGUCGUGUUCAUCACAAUCUAGAACAAGUGGUGCGAAACCUUUAGGAAUGGACAGCUUAGCAGGAUUGUUUUAUGUCUACUUGGCUGUGGCAGGAGUAUCUAUCAUUUUAUUUACUGCCGAACUAUUUUAUCGGAAGAUCCUAUCGGGCAAAAUUCGACCCUAUUUUUUACAGCUAAUAAGAGUAAUUGGCAAAAAACAAUCCACAACGUCACCAUUCGCUAGUAAAGAAUAGUUUAUAACGUUGUUAUUUUGUAAAAUGUGUAAUAUCUAAACAACAGCGUUCUUCGUGUAACUUUUUGAUUUUUUCUUUCAAAAUGAGGUCAAAAUAGUUGUGGUAUCCCGGUCUUGUGAUAUUUAAUUUAGAUUGUUUUGUAAAAACAAUAAACAUAUGACGACUUAUUUGACUUGUGUAUACCAGAAUGCUUUUAUGUAGAUUUACUCUAGAUGCAAAAUAUGAAAAUUAUGUAUAUAUAUGUUUUUACUGUAACCCGUAUUUAUGCAAGAACAAAUAAA